CGACGCACGGCCGCUUUCAACGUUCGAAUAGGCCAACAAAACUCGUUGAAAAUGCAUACAUCAAAAUGGUAGAGUCGCUUCAAAUGUUUUUAUUCCUGUUCAAAUCAAAAUACAGACGAAAAUUUUCAUGGUUCUCGCCGUUUCUGUGUUCAGUGCUCAUCGUGUUAUUGUUUUGUCAUGACGUUAUUUCUAAGUGCAGUGAGACUAAUUGUGUAAAUGGUAUUUGUAAGAAUGAUAGUUGUGUGUGCUACGAGGGCUGGCAGGGACCCCUGUGCCAGAACUGUGGCGGGAAAAUAAAAUUAACAGAACCUACGGGUAUUAUAACUGACGGUCCGGGCAACUAUAGCGUAAGCACGCAAUGCUCGUGGCUGAUAUCCCCACCCGCGUUGGGCCCGCACCCCCCAGCGUUGCGCGUGCGCCUGGAGAGCUUCGCUACAGAGUGCGGCUGGGACCACCUUUACGUGUACGACGGUGACAGCGUGCGAGCCGAGCGACUGCUGGCGGUAUUUAGCGGGGUUCUAGAUAAGGUAGAGACUGGCUGGACCCGUCAAGUGAUAGCGCGCUCCGGGAGUGUGCUUUUGCAUUUCUUCUCAGAUGACGCUUACGCGAUGGAGGGCUUCAAGGUCACUUACGCGGCUUACUCCUGCCCGUCGAACGACCAUCGUACUAAUUGUUCCAAUCACGGCGAAUGUGAUGAAGGGACAUGUAGAUGUGAAUCCGACUGGGUCGGAGUUGCCUGCGAUCAGCCUGUCUGUCCAAGUAACUGCAGUGGUGCCGGACGCUGUAUGCCGUUCGGUUGCGAAUGCAUCAACCGCCGGAGUGGGGCGGAUUGCAGCAGAGAUGCCAGCUCGGCGGGGUGGGGGUGGGCGUGGCGGGAGGAGGGCGAGGGCCUCCCCCCUAGGCCCGCGCGCUCCCCCCCACCCACAGCCGCGCACACCCUGCUUAACUACGGGGAGGACCUACUUAGGGUGGGAGGGGAGACCUUCUCCGAAAGCGCGUUGUUAUAUAGGUAUAAGACUGCCCAGCACGAAUGGGUGGCGAUGGAAGCCCGAGGCGAAUCCCCCUUGCCGCGGUUUGCUCACGCAGCAGUCCUGUACGGGAAUGAGCUGAUCGUGUACGGGGGCGUGGUUACGUCGGACGAACCUGAUAGAGGGGGUGGCUUGGCGGGCUUGGAGGGCAGAGCGGGUGAAGUCACGAACGAGGUGUGGCGGGCGCGAGUCGACGGCUCGGUGGCGGAGUGGCGGAACGCAACUCCAACCACCUGUUCACCACACCGCCCAGCGCCUUUGAAGCAUUGCGGUGGUCUCCACUUAUCUGGGCACACGGCCGUUCUAGUACAUAUCGGGGCCACCAGCAAGCCAGUUAUGCUGGUUUUUUUCGGCCACUCGCCCCACUACGGUUAUUUGCAUCUUGUACAGGAAUACUACAUAGAGGAGGGGGUAUGGGCGGCGGCGCAAACGCGCGGUUGGCCCGCACGCGGCGGUUUUGCGCACUCGGCGGCGUGGGAGCCGAUGUCGCGGCGCGUCUAUGUACACGCCGGACUAGUGUCAGAGUCUGAAGCUACACAGGCGCCAUCUGCAGCGCUGUAUGAGUACGAAGUGGAAACGCGAAUAUGGCGGCCGCUGCCGUCUGCGCCCACGCCGAGAUACUUGCAUUCCGCCAUUUUUAUAUCGCCCGGUGUGAUGCUAGUGUUCGGCGGUAAUGCGCACAACGACAGUGCGGCCGCGUCGUCGGGCACGACGGCCGCGUCGCAGUGUUACUCCGCCGCGGCGCUCUUAUAUGACGUAAGAUGUAAAGUUUGGCACAUACUGAACACUACAGGGGUUUCUGCGAGAGCGGCGCACGCCGCAGCGCUGUUACCACUGCGGUCGCGACCUACCGCGAUCGUGCAUGGCGGUUUCGACGGCCGACUGCGUUCCGACGCGCUAAUAUUCACAGCGGGCGACGAAUGUUCGUCUCGUAACGACGAAACCUCAUGCCUCAAUAGUGCAGCAGUAGCGGCGAUCGCUUGCGUGUGGACCCGCAGCGAGGGAUGUGUGUCUCUAAAAGACCUCGGGUGGAAGGAGUCUUUCGGCCAGUCCGUGAAGGCAUGCAUCAAAGAACCUGUUACUGACGAUCGGCGCUGUUUGAACAUAGAAUACUGCGAGGCAUGCGUAGCUCAUGGUUGCGCGUGGUGCGGCGCGUGUAUGGCGACGGAGCAACACUGUCUGCGACACUCGCAUCAGGUACACGUGUUGAUGGCGGUGUCUGUAGAGGAAUGCAGCGCUGCAACCGCUGGCACCGAAGCCUGUGGGAGGUACCAUUCAUGCGCGGCGUGCCACGCGCAUUUGCAUAGACAUCCGCACGGUUCAGAGGAAUUAAGCCAGCGCGCCUGUUAUUGGGACUACGACUCUGUUAAGUGUCGGCCCGCUAACGCAUCGACUGAUAUCAGAAGUGUUGCUGCAACCGCGAGUGGCGUUUGCAGCGCCGCUUGCGCAACUUUCCGCACAUGCGCCAACUGCACCGCCGAGGAGUGUAUAUGGUGCGCAUCGGCUGGACGUUGCGUCGAUAAGAACGCAUACGGGGCUUCGUUCCCCCUCGGAGGUUGCCGAGCGUGGUCGACCAACGGCUGCGCUGGGGGUGGCAAUGCCGCCAACGUGCCGGGUGCUGGUUGCGCCGCGCACUUAUCCUGUUCUGCGUGCCUCGCAGAGCCAGCCUGUGGAUGGUGCGACGACGGCGCCGGAGGGGGGCGAGGCGCCUGCCUGCCCGGGGGAGAGAGGCAUCCCCACCACCCCCACGUGUGCCCGCACAGAAGAUGGCACUUUACAAGCUGCCCCGCGUGCCAGUGUAACGGUCACGCGGUUUGCGACAGCAUGUCGCGUUGCAUACAGCCGUGUGGAGCGCGUGCGAUCGGCACGCAUUGCGAGACGUGCGCGCCGGCGCACUGGGGCUCGCCGCUCAACGGAGGCGUGUGUCAACCUUGCGAAUGCAACGCUCAAGCGGUCUCCUGUGCGACCGAUACGGGGAGGUGUUACUGUAGUACGAAGGGCUUGGCCGGCGACAGGUGCGAUAAGUGUGAUAACACUAAUCACUACCACGCCGAUUCGUUCAACAAAGGAUGCUAUUAUGACUUAGCAGUAGACUACCAGUUCACAUUCAAUCUUUCAAAAAAGGAAGACCGACACCUGUCAGCCAUUAACUUCCGGAAUGCGCCCGUCAAGCCGGAUGUGGACGCGGACUUCAGUAUAACGUGUUCGGCGCACGCGCGCAUGAAUCUAACAGUCCGCACGCGCACCGAUCCUGCUGAGAAGACGUUGUUCAGUGACGUUAAUUGUUCUAAUUUUAGAUAUAAGCCUUUCCUGUACAGAUUUGCGAAGUCGGAGCACGCGUUCGGCGUUGAAGAUAACGUCACAUUAACUACCUUCUUCGUGUACGUCUACGACUUCAGGCCGCCGUUGUGGAUUCAGAUAUCGUUCUCGCAAUACCCGAAACUGAAUUUGCAACAGUUUUUCAUCACGUUCUCUUCCUGCUUUUUACUACUGCUGCUGGUAGCGGCAGCUUUGUGGAAAAUCAAACAGAAAUACGAUCUGUAUAGAAGAAGACAGAGGCUGUUCGUGGAAAUGGAGCAAAUGGCUUCAAGACCCUUCAGCCAAGUUAGCAUUGAGCUAGAAAAAUGUGGGGGUGCGAACGGCGUCCCCGCGCCCGUGGCCCUUGAACCCUGCCGGUCCGGCAGAGCGGCAGUACUUUCUCUACUGGUGCGACUGCCCACGGGGGGCACGGGUCGCGCCCCUCCACUAGGCGGCCUGGCGUUGGCGUCCGCCCUCGUCACCCUGGGUCACCAGCAUCAUCAGACCCAGCACCAGGCGACUGACAGAUGGCGACACCAAUGUAAAUAGGGAGAGUGUAAAGUUAGUGCUGUACAUAUUGUGGACUCUAGUGCGUCGCUCAAGCCUGGAGCUAGUUAUUUUAAUACUCACCGCUUAGUGCGUCAAUUUCUAUACAUAAAAUAAUUCACAGACAUUUAAAUAUAUGUACGAAUACAUCACAUCGUAUGUAACAUGGAUACUUUAAUAUAUAAUGAUAACAGUUUAUACCUUCACUUCAACCGAUUGACGUACACAGCUGGACAUUGGUGAUUUGUAGCGAGUUCCAAAGUCCACGGUCCUGGGCCAAUUGUUUCCAGCGGUUCGGACUCGCUGGAUGUCUUCUGUCCACCUCGUUGGACCGACCAGCGCUGCGUCGACAUUCCAGCACCUUGGGAAACCAAGGUCCAACGGUUGUCCGAGCUAUGUGCCCCUCCCAUUGCCACUGUAGCUACGCGACUCGCUGAGCUAUGUCAUUAACUCUAGGUUUCUACAGAUCUUCUCAUUUCUGUCACGUAGCUGUCUCACGAUAACAGUAUGGCCGCUAAACCUGAUGUGUUUGAACUGAAUCCUCUCAGUCAGUUCAAACAUAUCCGUAACGGUAACCUUCAUAAAUUGGGUAGCAGUAACUAAGAUUGCACGAUCUGGAACACGUAACGUCGCAGAGAAAUUUGAAAAAUUCCAUUCAUGAAAUUUUAGGUUCCUAAAACACUGAGACAGUUCCUGACAUGUCUGCAUAUACCAUUCGGUACACUACAUUAAAACUGUUUAAUUUAUCUACUCGUAGUAAGAUUGUGAAAGAAAUAUAUGUACAUACAAAGAUUUUAAACUAAGAUUUUCGUGGUUAAACAACAUUUCUUAAAUAUAGUUAAACGGGUACAUACCGCGAUAAUAUUUUCGGAUUUGUCGAUAUUUCGACCCAGGUGCAUGGAUCGUGGUCACGGAGGGACCCAAAAAUAUUAUCGUGGUAUGUACUAUAUUGAAGAAAUGUACACAUAAGUAUCCGAACACGUUUAAAUUCAGCUUAUGGCAUUUACUAACUGCAAUAUUCAAAAGAAAUAUGUUUUAAUUUUUUACGAAUUAAUUGAUUCUACGCCGUAUUUUACGAAUAUUUAUUUAAUUUAAAUUCACAUAUAAAAGGUUGAAAAUCGUUUAAAAGCCAAAAUCUCGUGAAGCUAUAGAAACCCACAUUCGUUUUUGCAAGCAUUACUGUGAAGUCUCACGGAGCAUCAAAUUUAUAAUCUACUUUUUCUUACUUGUCUUAUCACGUAAACAACA